UGCUGCGCUGUGUGGUUUUAAUGGUUUUAAUGGUUUUAAUUGGAUUAGGCCAUCUCCCACGCUGACACGUUCCCUCCUCUUAAUGGGGUGUUAUCGACAAAACCAGAACGUAUACGUCCACUCGCCUGUGACGUCUGAUUGGUCAGGGUGGCUUCCUCAGUCGUGAAUGGAGUGGAGUCGAUGAAGUUCUCUUCUAAUCGACAACCAGGCCUGGAGAAGUUAGGAAACGGUGGGCAGCUUCGCAUCGUACUUCUGUGACACGAUGAAGAGCAAUCAGAAACGUUGCCUCCUCUGUGACGACACCACAACUACAGGGACCUGAGUAGCAACUACAUGGAGGCCUUGUGGAUGGUCUCGGUCACCUUCUUGUCCAUCGGGUACAGAGACGUGGUGCCUCACACCGACUGUGGCCGCAGCAUCUGUCUCUUCACUGGGAUAAUGGGCGCUGGCUGCACCGUGCCGGUGGUGGCGGUGGUGGCCAGGAAGCUGGAGUUGACCAGAGCAGAGAAACACGUUCACAACUUCAUGAUGGACUCGCACAUCUCCAAGAGGCUAAAAAUGUCCGCAGCCAAUGUGGUGAGAGAGACGUGGCUCAUCUACAAACACACGAGGCUGUCGAGAGAGAGAGACCACGGCCGGGUCUGCAUGCAUAAACGGAAGCUGCUCCUGGCCAUCCACCGGCGAGACGCUCAGCCCAACAUGAAGCGGCUUGUCUCUUUAUUUGCUUCAUGUGCUGCUGCGCCAGGUGAAGAUGGAGAAGAGGAUCCUGACAGACCAGGGCAACACACUGCUGGACCUCGGCAAGAUGCAAACCGUUAUGUACGACGUGCUGACGGAGGUGCAGGGCUGCAGGGGGGAGCUGGACUCACACAUCCACAGCCUGGAGAAGCACGUGGAGGAGUUCAGGGAGGGCUUCAGGAGCCUGAUGCCGCUCCUGUCCACGCAGAACUCUUCCAUCCGCCACCUGCUCAGGGAGAGGGAGGUGAAGACGGAGGCCGCUGGUGCGCGCGCAGACAGGGAGAAAGAGGCGGAGGAAGGCGACGGAGGAGAAACGAAGACGUCUAACGUUCUCCUGGGGGAGUUAUCUGCCUUUAGUGUAGCUGGAGGAAGGAUGUUGGGACUCUGACAGGCGCCUCACAGAUAUGAUGACAUCAUGAGGGCUGAGUAUGUACAUUGUAUUAAAAGAAAUAUUUAGCACCAAUUUAUGUAGCAAAAAUACCAUAAAACCAACAUUUUGGAAAGUUCUUAUGACGCUUUUUACAUUUAUUUAUGGUAGUAAAAUCACCACCAAACGGUGAGCAAUGACUUGGAGGACAAUUUGAUUUGCAUUAUUUCUUGGUGUUAUGUACGUAAAUUUAUUAUUUUGGGGCUAUUGAAAUAAAGAUAAAACAUGUGAUGGCCAUUUUUCAGUUUUAUUGACACUGUUAGCCCUAAUUAAUACAUUAACAGUUUAGAAGAACUGGUAUCACUUCAUUUUAGUGAGACACUUUACGCGUAAAAAGAACUACACAUUCCUCUUAUAAUGUAAAGAAAAUACACUGAAGUAUAGUUAAGUGUGUAAUAUUAAAAUGUAGUCUGACAGAAUGAGGCAGUUAAUCGGUAGAACUUUCGAAUAAAAAUGAUCAAAUCUGUUUUUGUAUUACAUGUUUGACAGUAUAGAAAUCCCUUCGUAUCGGAAACUAACCACAAACAAACCAAAAUGAACAUGAACAGUGGAUCUCGAGUCUGAAAUAAGUUUAAAUGAUUAAAAUAAAGCUAUCCGAAUCGUCAAAACAAACUUUCUUCCUGAAACUAACAGCUAGUUUGUGUUUGAGUCAGAAACAGUCCCCAGCAGGGCGCUGCAUCUGUAAAACAUAACUCCUUCAGUUCAGGGGUUCGUUUUCCAACUGCAGUGGAACCAAAACUUAAAGAAACAGACAACCUUUGAAACAGUCUUACAUUUUUAUAUAUUACUCAAAAAUGCAGUUAAGCUCUGGUCUGCUCUCGAUUACUGAAAACCUUUAGUACCAUCAUUAUACUUCAGCAUCGUGUAUCUUCUAUAUUGAACCUUCAGCCCAGUGUUCCUAAAACUUUUAUAUUGUAUUUAUGAAGCAUCAACAAUGUAAUGUCUUAGUGCAAGAUAAACAUGGCAUUUUUCACUUCCUUCACAAUGCGUUAGAAGUGACAAAGAGAAAAUAUUCCGAGUAAUUAAUACAAAUAAGUCUCAGCCUUAUUAAAACUCAGAAUAUACACCAGGACAUGUUUUGGGUAAUUAUUAUCACUCCCUCGUCACAGGAGUAGUUUUACCAAUUUAUGGUCCACUUCUUUCUGACCUGGGACUAGAAAUGCAUUCAUGAAAGUACAAUUUGGUUUUAUAUUAAGAUUUAAUCCAACAGAAUUAUGAAGACCCCCUCUAGUACUUUCUACUAGAAAUGAUAAAACAAAAUUAGUUUGCAUUCAAUGUCUCAGGACAGUAAAUAAAUCCCUCCACUCAAACAGGAAACUAAAGCGCCACAAACCGUUUCUUUAGCCAAAAAAACAUUUUAUUAGAGAGACAGGGUUGGAGGGUGGAGUUACAGCAACGACCGAUCUGUGAACGGGAACAGUGGAAACCCUUCUGCCGUCUCGUUGGUCUGCAGGUCUCGUUCAGAUCAGACCACUGGGUCCACACGGCGCUGAUAUCCACCGGUCCAUCCCUCCUCUCC